GCUCUUUUGCAGCAGCGGUCCUAUGCUUUGCUGCAGCCCCAGGAGUAGUUCGUACUGUACCAUGUUUCCAGCGGUGCUGAUGCUCUUGCUCUCCUUAUUGCCCCUGUCCCUACAGAAGGACAGGGACUUUUACACCUUCAAACUGGUCAAUAUAAGGGGCAAACUGGUCUCCCUGGAGAAAUAUCGGGGCUCGGUAUCUCUGGUGGUCAAUGUGGCCAGUGAAUGUGGAUUCACUGACGGUCAUUACAAAGCACUGCAACAGCUGCAACGGGACCUGGGAUCCUCACUCUUCAAUGUCCUGGCGUUCCCCUGCAACCAAUUUGGGAAUCAAGAGCCCAAUAGUGACCAGGAGAUUGAGAGCUUUGUCAGGAAGACGUAUGGAGUGACUUUCCCCAUGUUCAGCAAGACUGCAGUCAGCGGCACUGGAGCAAGCGCCACCUUUAAGUAUCUAAUAGAAUCAUCUGGAAAAGAGGCGGACUGGAAUUUUUGGAAAUAUCUAGUCGGGCCCGAUGGGAAAGUUGUGGGAGCCUGGGGUCCUACCGUGUCUGUCGAAGAGUUGAGGCCUCAGAUUACUGAGCUUGUGAGGAAAAUUAUCCUGAAAAAGAAAGAGGAACUUUGAAACCACUUUCACCUCUAGCAGCUGGGAUGCUCAGGGAAUAGUCCACAGUAUUUUUUACUGACCAAUUAGAACUCUCCAUUGUGUACGCUGACACGCCACUCAAGAAGCAUUUACUAUUAGGCAUUCCAACUGCAGCCGUUGUCAUGGAUACAUUCAUCUUGAAAGACAAUUUUUUAAUACAAAUUGUAAUUCAUCUACAACCACUUAUAAUGUGCAAGCGGACAUUUGUCCCAUGCAGCCGCUCUUUAGGGCAUCAUUCAUCACCAUCCCCACUCCAUUCUGCUAGUCAUUUGAACUUGAGGAAAACUGUGAAUGCUUUACCAGUUUCUAACAUUUAAAAAAAAAAUGUUUUAGCAAAAGAAAAAAUUGGAACACCAUAUAUUCUUGUAUUUUUUUUAAUUGCCCAUAUUUUGUACUCCCGUUUAUAAAAAAAAAUUAAAUUUAAAAAAAUCUCUACAAAUAAUAAAAACAAACUGAUGGUUUAGUACUGUAUAUUCUGUCACCUCUUAAAUAAUCAGUGCUUCAGCUGAUGAUUCUUUUCUGUCUCUUUAUUUCGUUGUUUUUGUUUUUUAAGAUUUUUUAUUUUAUAGAGGCAAGCAAGGAAAAUGUGGUGUACAAUAAGCAUAAACAGCAUCUCACAAAAGUGAGUACACCCCUCACAUUUUUGUAAAUAUUUGUGAAGCUCUGGUGAACUCCAUGCCCAUGAGGUUUAAGGCAGUGCUGGAAGAUAAUGGUGGCCACACAAAAUAUUGAUACUUUGGGCCCAAUUUGGACAUUUCCAUUUAGGGGUGUACUCACUUUUAUUGCCAACGGAUUAGACAUUAAUGGCUGUGUGUUGA